AUGGGGACACCGCCCGUGGGGAUACAACGAAUAGUCGGCCCAGCCCACACACAGUACAGCGUCAUCAGCAACAAUGGCGACAAAGACCAACAACAACGACCACCCCAACGACGUGUAACGGCUGCCGCACACAAGCGCCGUCAGGACUUCGCCACAUACCACGAUGCCAUCACUAUAGGGCCGCUCAACCAGGGGAACAGAACAAUAGAACAAGGACGUCGGACGCCAGUCAUCGAGAACCAUAAUCAGUACAACGGACUGCAGGGCACGGGUACCAACCGCCACAGUACCCAAACAGGCAAACGUCCUCCCCCGCGGCGACACCAUAGGUUAAUGUAG